AUAGCCUAUAACGAGGUGCACUGCCCGCUGGAUUUACCCCCACCCGCGAAGUCGACCACAGAACUUUGCUUUCCCACAGUAACCCACAGCUGUGCGGAAAUGACACAGCAGGCGAGUGCCGUCACGUCACGCGAGAGGGCACAGACAAGAAAAAACACGGCGGACACUAACACGGACAACACUCAUCCGUGUACAGAAAUACGGGGAUACAGGCAGCGGACAUGCUGUUCGCGCAUUAAACUAGUUUGGAAGACAGCGUGAAUUCGCCGAGGACAUGAAUUCAUCCGAGUUUGAGGAGAACUCGGACGGGGAAACCUCAGAGAAAGAGAGACUGAGGCCGUGCCGGGUGAAGACCGAGUCAGAGGAUCCGGUCAGUUGUGCCGAGUCGGUGAGCCCCGGGAGGAUUCUGGGAAGCACCACCGACGGGGCGGGAAAGCGGACCGCCGCACGGACCCCCCCAGAUGGGCCGGAGGCCGAGCUCGACCGCGUCGCCGCCACCAAGAGGAUGAAGGUGUGCACGGAGGGACUGAGGACGAGGGAGCACACAGCGGAGCGAGUCGGCAGGCACACAGCCAGGCCACGCCCCUCAGGCCUGAUGUCACCGGCGGAGGGCAAGGACCCGCCUCCGGAGAGGACGAUCGCGUCCUACAGGAAGCCCCUGUACAGCAUCUCCCACAGGAUCACCGAGAAGAAGGCCGCCUCGGGGCUGGAGCAGCACAUCCUGCAGGAGCCCGGGGGGGGCCGGCUCAGCUGCAGCGGCCUGCUGCUCCCCAAGCUGGGCGGGGGGGAGGCGGGCCGGCGCGAGCCCAGCCCCGCCGCGGGCACCGCCGGCACCACCACCGCCGAGGCCGACUUGACCCUCUACCCGCUGAUCGAGAAGAUGUUCUUCAUCCUCAACACGCUCAACUCCAGCAUGACGCAGCUGCACAGCAAGGUGGACCUGCUCUCCCUGGAGGUCGCCCGCAUCAAGCGGCGCAUCGACCCCCCCGCCGAGCGGGUGGCCGAGUUCCAGCCGCCGCCCGAGCACCGGCUGACGGCCGAGGAGCUGCGGCAGCUGGCGGAGCAGACCUCGUCGGCCGGCGAGCUGGGCUGCCGGCUGCUGCUGCAGCUCUUCCCCGAGCUCUUCGCCCCCGAGUACGGCGGCGGCGGAAGUGGCGGCGGCGGCGGCGGCGGCUGCAGCGCCUGUGGCGGGUUCGGCGGCAGGCGCCCCCCCGACUCGCUGCACCUGCAGCUGGUGCGCAACUACGUGGAGGCCUGCUUCCCGCUGGCGAGGAACGGCGAGGCCUGGCAGGCCGAGUGCCUGCCGCAGAUCAACGACUUCUUCAGCCGCUUCUGGGCGCAGAAGGACAUGGAGGGCGCCGGCCGCCGGGCCCCCGCCGGCCUCGCGUUCGAGCCGGAGCCCGGGCAGGCGCCGGCCUGCCACUACAUCGACGAGGACGGCCGCGACGAGGAGAGCCUUUCCCCUGAGCCCCGCGGCGACAACCUCAACAACGGCGGCGGCAGCAACGGAAACUUGGUGUCGGACCUGGUCUUUGACGCCCAGGAGGUGGGGGAGGACCUCGAUGACCUCUCCUCCCCCGGGGACUUUGCGGUCUUUCUCAUGCACCGGCUCUUCCCCGAGGUCUUCGAGGAAGGGAAGGUGCCGGAGGGCUACGGUUGCUACGGCGGCAGCGGCAGCGUGGGGAAGCUGGUGCUGGACUCCGAUAGGCUGGAGGUCAUUCGCAAGUACAUGGAAGCCAACUUCCCCGACGUGCCGGAGGACAGCUGGCUGCAGCUGUGCGUCCAGCGCAUGGAGGAGGUGCUGGAGUGCGCCCAGGGCAACGGCGACGGCAGCGAGCCCGAGAUCGCCCGCGGCGACGAGAGCUACGACUCCGCCAGCCUCCCCGACGACGUCUCCAUCGUCAAGAUCGGCGGCGACUUCCGGGACUACGAGAGGCCCGGCCAGGCGUGCAAGCAGGCGAAGAAGUCGUCCCUGGUGCCCAUCGAUUUUGACAAGGUGGAGAUCCCGCCGCCGGACUUCGACGUCCCGCCGGAGCACCUGCUCUCCCGCGAGCAGCUGAAGGCCAACUACGAGUGCAGCCUCUCCAUCGGCAACUUCGCCUCGCGCCUGCUGGUGCUGAUGUUCCCCGAGCUCUUCACCUACGAGAACGCGCGCAAGAACUACAACUGCAGCGGCUCGCUGGGCAAGAAGCAGCUGGACCCCGUGCGGGUGAACCUGAUCCGCCACUACGUGCAGCUGCUGUACCCGCGCGCCAAGAACGACCGCGUCUGGACGCUGGAGUUCGUGGGCAAGCUGGACGAGCGCUGCCGGCGACGGGACACGGAGCAGCGGCGGUCCUACCAGCAGCAGCGCAAGGUCUACGCCCCCGACCCCGAGCCCGCGGACUUCGCAGCCGGGGCCGCCGGCCAGGCGCCGGGACAGGCGCCGCUCGGCGGGGAGCGCUUCAGGGACGACUUCGAGAUCCCGCCGCUCCCGCCGGAGAAGAGCAACAAGGACUUCUGCAAGAUCCCACUGGAGGAGCUGACGGUGGGCUGCCCGGACUUCCCGGUGCCCUCCGCCUACCUGCUGUCGGACGCGGAGGUGCGGGAGAUCGUCCAGCAGAGCCUGUCGGUGGGCAACUUCGCGGCCCGCCUGCUGGUGCGCCUCUUCCCCGAGCUCUUCACGCAGGAGAACCUGCGGCUGCAGUACAACCACUCGGGCGCCUGCAACAAGAGGCAGCUGGACCCGCUGCGGCUGCGGCUCAUCCGCCACUACGUGGAGGCCGUCUACCCCGUCGACAAGAUGGAGGAGGUGUGGCACUACGAGUGCGUGCCCAGCAUCGACGAGCGCUGCCGCCGGCCCAACCGCAAGAAGUGCGACAUCCUGAAGAAGGCCAAGCGCUCCAGCGCGGUGUCGUACCUAUGAGACGCGCGGGACCCCGCCGCGGGACGGGGCGUUUCCUUUCCCCCCCCCCCCCCCCGAACAUGUAUCAUUUGCACAGUUUUCGUUCCCUUGGAAAUAAGCCUGCGUAUAAGCUGAGUAGAAUUGGACUAAAAAAUGUCAGGGGAUGUCAGACUGCCUGCGCUGGAGGGCUACCGGGGUCUGCCGGCACGUUGCAGCGUUUUUCCGACAUCUAGGGCAGACACCGAUCAAGCCUAGUUCUGGACUAAAUUCAAUUUUGAAUAGAGAUUCUGUUUAGUCCAAGACUGAGCUUAAUUUGUGACCUGAAACUGGCCCUUAAAUCACUUAAAUUAAAUUGUUGAGUGUUGAGUGGAGCCCUGAAUUGGUCUCUGACUGAAAGGAAACCAUAAAAAUACCCACAGAGUGCAAACUGCAGCCUUCCAACCUGGAGUUUGACAUCCCUGGCCUAAAGACUUACAAAUGUGUCCUUUCUGGACUAGGCUGAUUUAUGUUCAUUAGUGGGAGACUCGAUUUUUAGUUGACCAUAAAGGACACAUUUGUUAAGAUUAGAUAUAUAGCACCAAACAGUAUAUUUGUUAGAGGAAGCUAUAACUUUGUUGCAACAAGAAAUGAUGUAGAGUUUAUUUAUAUAUAAUGCCAAAACAAUAUUGUCAUAGGUAAUUCUAACCUUUAAUUGGGAGUAUCCCAUGCGUUCGUUUAUUAGCCUUAAAGACUGAGUAUAUGUAAAUAUGACAUUGAUGAGGACAUGCUUACCUGUCUAACACAGGUGAGUCUAGUAUAUAUCUGUGCAUCACCCUCGACUUUGAUUACAGAAAUGGAUCAGGGUGAAUCUCAGUUAAUUAACUUGUGUGCUGAAGCCUUGUGAUUUUCAUGGUGGAUAUUCUGAAAAUGAACCCCCCUUAACCCUUUGAAGAGUUGGUUUUUUGGGAUUGUUUUAUAUAUUGUUUUUCUUAAACAUUCAAAGUCAGUGUUCUUUCAACUCCAUUGCUUUCAGUUACCAGUAGUGAUUGUCACAUCAGCAUUAGAGUAUAAAGUUAAGAACAUUCUUAUCGCAUACACCUUCAAGGGUUAAGGUCAUUUAUAGCAGUGGAGAUGUGUUCAGAUCAACGUCCUGCAGAGGAACAUUAAGUUAGCUCAGCUGAAAUUAGUUUAAAUUCAGUUCAUUCAUUCAUUGAGAGUCCCUUUGGAACAUUACGGACAUUUUCCGUUUGAUUCAUUUCAUUUCUCUCAAUUUCCUGUAUUGACAGUAACUCAAAUCUUCCAAAGUUGUCAUGUGGGGAUUGCAGGAGCAGGGCGGCUUUGAUACUUCGGUUUGGAGCUACAGGCAGUUUCCCAUAAAUCUGUGAAUUUUCUUGAAUUAAUCUAGCAGAAUGACUUGUUACCUGAUGAAGUUUAUAUCCUGCUUUGGCGGGCGGGUGAUCCAGGUAAAACACUGUAGGUUAGGUUAUAUCAGGCCAACCCUGUUCCUGGAGAUCUACCUCCAGUAGGUUUUUAUUUCAACUUCGACACACCUGAUUCUACUAAUUAGCAGCUCAACGAGAUCUCUGGCUGUUGAAUGAGGUGUGCUUUGUUAGGGUUGGAUUGAAAACCUACAGGACGGUAGAUCUCCAGGAGCAGGGUUGGGCACCCCUGCUCUAGCCGUUGAAUGAGGUGUGCUUUGUUAGGGUUGGACUGAAAUCCUACAGGACGGUAUAUCUCCAGGAGCAGGGUUGGGCAGCCCUGCUCUAGCUGUUGAAUGAGGUGUGGCUUUGUUAGGGUUGGAGUGAAAACCUACAGGACGGUAGAUCUCCAGGAGCAGGGUUGGGCAGCCCUGCUCUAGCUGUUGAAUGAGGUGUGGCUUUGUUAGGGUUGGAGUGAAAACCUACAGGACGGUAGAUCUCCAGGAGCAGGGUUGGGCAGCCCUGCUCUAGCUGUUGAAUGAGGUGUGGCUUUGUUAGGGUUGGAGUGAAAACCUACAGGACGGUAGAUCUCCAGGAGCAGGGUUGGGCAGCCCUGGGUUACGUAAUUCAGUGCUCUCACAGUAGAAGGGCAGGUAGCAGCAUCAGCGUAUCCACCAUGGAGCAAGGCUGUCGGCACACAGUACUGCUAACACUGUUCAAAAAGCGCGGAGAUGCACCGCAGUUGGUGGUGAGGCCGACCUGCCUCCAGAGAGAGAGAGAGAACUGCAGUAUUACUGUCAUACAGGUGAAUAAGCUACAGGUGAGGGGUGGGUGGGGUGUGAUCAAGUAGGGGUGGGGGUGGGGGGGUCCUUGGUGGAUUCUCUUUUUUUUUUUUUCAGAGCGCCUGUCCUGGCGCAGAGAUGGGGGGGCGGAGUUCUCGAUCGCGCGCAGUGUGGCGUCAGCACUGGCAGUACAACGAAAUGGCGACGGUUUCUGAGCGUGUGCCUUGCCUGAGCAGAAGGGGGAUCGACGUGCCGUUCGAUGCAGCCUCAUUCGCCGGUCUUCACCUCGUUCUGAUUGGGUAGCGUGGCGGCCAGCGAAGCAGCAAACGCGCGGCCCAAAAUCGUGCAGAGCUGUGAACCAGCCGUGAAAUCGGCUGCAUUUUAUCGUACGGCCGCGGACUACUGCACGGCUUGCACAUCAGUCCCAUAUCUGCACAGGAGUGUCCCAAGGUCCGUCUGCGCAGACGGCCAGGUCAGGCGCUAGACGCAGGCUUUCGAGGGGCUAAUGAGAUGCAAGGAUGCCAAUCCUGCACCGACGGCUUCACGAGUCACAGCGUUCGAUACACCUCUGGUUGAAGGUGUGUUCACUAGCGAAAUCAGUAGCUGUUGCGAUUGGCUGUACUGAAGAUCUGCACGGCCCGACCAUACCUGGGUCAAAUAGGUAUUUGUUUUGGAUUCAAAUACUUUUCUGUGCUCUAUUGAUCUUGCCUGGGGUAAAUGAGCCUGCCAAUAUGGUCAAAAGGCGGGGUUUGCACUUUUUGAGAGUAUUUAAAUUGUUCCAAUACACCAGACAAGAUCAGUAAAGCGUAGAAAAUUAUUUGAAUACAAAACAAAUACAUAUUUGACCCAGGUCUGGGGCCUACACGGCACGCGAUUGGGCAGCAGCACCAAUUUAAAUGGAGGCCACUGAGAAGGUUGUCGUCGUGGUUACGGUCGCACACGGCCCCGCCAAUCCCGCUUCUGCUCGGACCUGAACCCGCCACGGACGCUCAAGGCUCGUAAAAACUGCGGUACCUUUGUCACAGAGGAAAGAAAAAAACUAGUUUGUUAAUAAACUUCAUAAAAACAUGCUAUACUUGAUGUCAUGGCAUUACUGAAUUAAGGAUGGGGAUUCAGGUGGGUGCCGGUGGAGGGGGAGCAUUAAAAUAAACUGGCCCUCUGUUCUGGAGAUGAAGAUGUAAAUGGUGAAGGAGGCAAAGUUGGAGGACAGAAUGAUUUCAGGUUUUGGGCUUUACUGUGUAAUGGAGUCUGAAUUCUGUGUGUUUAACAUGAGGUCAGAGGAUACAGAUUUUUCAUGUUUGUACAGAGUAAGAAUCUGUGGUCAUUGUAGUUUUUUUUUCAGCCAGAAAUCCAGAAGAGUGCUCAACUCGCUGCUGUACAGGUGUGGGAUGUGCACUGCCAGCAAGAAAUCUUGGCAGAAGGUACAACUGUCAUCCUGGAAACCAUGAAUCCAGACAAGACACAAACGCAAGUGCACACAGCCACACAGUUUGCCAAACUCUCCGUUUUUAUUUCUCUCCAAGGCUUAGGAGACACCGUACUUCAAACACAUUUCCAUGCAGUGCAAAUCAAGUUCAUGCAUGGCCUCGGUCCUCCACCAUAGAAUGUUCGUUUUACAGAUACCAGGUGGCGUGAUGGCCAGGUAGGCAACCACAUCUGUCAGUCAAAGUGGCUUCCGUGGUUAUCCAGUGCACCUCAGUGCCCAUGAGUCCACAUGAUUUCUCACACAAAAAAAAACGACUUGGGGGGGGGGGGGGGGGAAGAAAAAAAGAGAGCCAGAGAGCAGGAAGUGGGGAUGUUCCUAGAUCACCGCUAAAUCAGGGGGCCACCCCGUUUUUUGAGUCUGAAUCGGUUGUUCAUCUUACGGCAGAAGCAUAAACCAGCAGACUGCGGCUCUCCCAGGACACAGGAGCAGAGGAUCACCGCACUAAAUAAAGAAUUAGUGGACGACUGAGUCCCGAGUUCUUCGUUUUAUCCAAAGUACAUCAUCACUGCGUUUGCACAUUCAGUGCAACCCUAACCCCAGACUCGUUUUGAAGUGACCUUAAAAAAAACCCAAAAAUCAGAAACCCCCCCCCCCGCCGUUCCCCCCCCCACACUGAACCACCUGUAUUUCAUCAAAGGUCAGGCAGGGGUUAUAUCUUGUACACCAGUCUGUGUUCAUCAGUGCAGGGUUCUUGAGCUCAACGGUGCAGCUAACGGGUGGAGUCACGGUCUUACGUCUGUCCGUAAAAGUGCAGUUUCCUGCUUCUGCUGUGUAGUGAAACGGCUUCUUCCCACUUUUCCCCCCCGUCAGCAGUCAUGUGAUCAAACGCAGGCGCUGUAGGCUGUGCUCUGCCAGCUCAGCCUGUGCUGGAGUGAUUGGGAUGCACUCAUAAUGACCGUUUUUCUUGACCUUGUCCCUGUGAACCCCACACCCCAAGCCAGCCAGAGGAGGAUGGGCUUCCCCCCUACGGGGGUCUGGCUGCUCCCCUGGUUUCCUCCAGCAUGGCAGCUUGGGCUCCUCCCUUGGCACUGUUGGGUCUGGCUUCUUGCUUUGUGGGGGCUACAGGUCAGGGAAUACUGUGAAGUGCAUUGUGACUAAUCAUUUGUAAAAAAUACAGCGAAUUAAUAAAAUUUGCUCUGUCGAUUUUAUCAAGCGCUUACAAUUUCACUGACAAACCGCCAUGACACUGUGGUUUUUAAUUUUCAAGCAACUGUCAACUGUUCAAAAAAAAAAACAAAAAGCCCUACACAAAAAAAAACAA